AUGAUUUUGCAAUUAAUUAAUUAUCCAGUCGAAGGAACUGUAGAAUAGGACUCAUCGAAAUCUCCAAAAAGAAGAGGGAUUUUAAUAAAGCAUUUUCGUUAUCCAAUGAAGAUCUAAACGAACAACUUGAUAUAUCCUCUUCGAUCUCCCAAAAUCUAAUCUAGUAAAAGUAGUACUAGACAAAAUGAAAUCACUUGGUUUAGUGAUUGUAAUUAAAUAAGAGAGCAUAACUCAACAUUCUAUUAAACAAAUAGUUUCAAACCCUUUUUUAAAUUAGGCAGUGAAUAAAAAAAUAGAUUCGCCAUUAUAAAAAAGGUAUUCAAAAAGGAAGAUGAGAAGGAUUGUUAAUUUUUAGAAAGAAAGUUGAGUUUGUUGAAAUUUAAUUUCAAAGAAAAGGAGAAGGAAAAAGAGAAAGAGAAGGAGAAAGAGGAAAGCCAAAAGAUUUCUAUUGAUUAUUCAUAAAUUAAGAUCCCUCAAACAGCACAAUCCACAAGAAAGAGAUAGUUUUAAAAUAGCAAUAAACCUCAGAUAUUUUAGAAUAAGAUCAACAGAAGAUUUAACAGUGACACAGAUUUGUAGGAUUUAAAGCCUAAUCGCAAGCAAAUAAUUUCAUACUCUAUUCGACCCAACACUCAUAACUAUGAUCGUGAUCAUUAAGAAUUUGCUCAAAGCAUCUUAAAUCAAUACUUGAAGAAAAGUUUGUAAGAUUAAUGA